CUUUACUCCAUUUACUUUUAUUUUCUGCGACUAGAUUGUUUUUUUUCUGCUUAAAAAAAGACACUUUCACGAAACUAUAUACAUAUAUAUAUAUAUUUAUAUAAAAUAAAAAUAGAAUUAAUAUGGCACUACCAAAGGCAGCUAAUUACUUUAUUGUAAUAUACCUUGUAUGCUCCAUCUUGUACACAUCAACCUAUUUACUGGGUUUUGGGAAAAGCACUUCCAAAGCUAGUGUCUCCUCAGGCAUGAGCGUUGCUAGUUUACAACAACAUUAUCUCGGCAAACAACAAGUAGAUUGGACAAACUCGCUUGAUGAAGUUGUUGAAUCCACACCAGAGGAUUUCGUAUUAAGUAAAGCCUUUUCAGAAACAAUGGGUCCUUCCAAGGUGAUCCCAUACUACUUCAAAGCAACUGAAAAUUUCGACCAUGAAGAAGUGACCAUUGCAACCCUGGUUACUUACAAUCGAUUCAAAGUGCUCGGAAGACUUGCUUCUCAUUACAAAGGUCCUGUUUCUGUCGCUCUUCACGUGAAUGACGAUGGUCAAAAGCAACAAAUCUUGACGGAUCUUCACCAACUUUAUGCUGACAAUGAAGACUUGAGACGCUAUGUUGAUCUCCAUCUGGUUGUCGACAAAUUCGACCGUCAAUUUAACAUGUGGCGUAACGUGGCUAAAUUCUUUGCGCGUACCGAUUUCAUCAUGAUGCUGGAUGUCGACUUUUAUCUUUGUACAGACUUUAGAAAAUCAUUGAAAAAGCAGCCUGAAUUAAUGGAUUUAUUGAGAUCCGGUAAAGGUGCUAUUGUUGUACCUGCUUUUGAAUACGUUGAUGAAAGUGACGGUAUCGACUGGAACGAUUUCCCUAAAGACAAAAAGGAAUUAAUGGUGGAUGUUGAGACUGAGAAGCUUGAUAUGUUUCAUAGAGGCUGGAAGCGUGGUCACGGCUCAACAAAUUAUAAGAAAUGGUACGAUCAAGUGAAGCCUUACAAGGUGACCGAUUAUAACUAUUCAUAUGAACCCUAUGUGAUCUUUAAAAAGGAAGGAACUCCAUGGUGUGAUGAGAGAUUUGUUGGUUACGGUGCAAACAAGGCUGCUUGUUUGUUUGAAAUCUUUUUGGCUGGUAUCGAUUAUUGGGUCUUGCCUGGCGAUUUCUUGAUUCAUCAAACACAUUAUUAUCCUGAAGACACAAGAGCAAAAGAGCGUACAUACAAUAAAAAAUUAUACGAUUAUUAUAGAGAAGAAACCUGUCUUCGUUAUGCUCGUAUCAUGAUUGCUGCUAAUGAAUGGAACACAUCAAAAUCUGCCAACCUCAAGAAAGAAUGUAAUAGAAUUCGUGGUUUCAAUGAUGUUAUUCAAAAAGUCGCUUCUGAACACAACGAAUUAUAAUAUUUUAUCUUACCCCCCUUCCCCUUUUUCUCCCCCACACAAAGCCUUGGCAGUCGUAUAAAUAAAUGUUUUUUUAAUUAGCGAUUGACGCACGCUCAUCAAUUAAAAAAAAAAAA